CCCUUGUUUAACACAUAGGUCAAUGCGUAGAGAAUUUUCUGUUGCGUGAUGUCUGGAUGGCCAUACUAUUUCGUGAGGGGGUCUCACUCCGCUACCGCUGCUUUCACGUUAUGUAUGUGUUGUGGUAAGACUAAUAAGGAAUCGAGCACGUUUAGUCGAGACUAUUAGCCUUUUCUAUGUAAUAUAAUAGAGGGUUCAGAAUCGGCCACAUAGAUAAAGAAGCCAAGUCGAGUAUGUAUAGAGCUAUAUGCUCUUAAAGGUCAAAGCUACUACAUAUACGAAACCUGGCUUAUCUAUCUACUAGGGUCCUGCUUCGGAGUAUUGGUUCAUCAUAAAAGGUCCCCUGUCUGUCGGACACCUGGUAAUACAUACGUACCAUACCGCUGGUGCUAUAGGCCAUUGCGACGGGAUCAACAGGUGAAAAUGGCUACAGUUUGCAAACUUAUCUAAACCUGGAACACAAUCUUUUCAGCCAUCAAUUCUGUUUCGCCUUUCAAUGAUCGAUGAAUCGUGCCGUUCUAUAUUCCAUCCAAAGGAGUCAUUCGUUUCCUCCGUUCAUCCGAAUGACUUUAGGACGCUAUUAUGCCCUUCAUCUUCCCCAUCGAGACCCAAGAUCAAAGGGCCAUCAUAGUCUGCGGCGUUGUGUUUAGCCUCCUAGCGGUGGUAUCUGUUGCCCUGCGCGUCUUGGCCAGGCACAGGGCGAAUAGGGUGCUCGACUUGAGUGACUUUUUUGUUAUUGCAGCUUGCGUUUUUGCUGUCCUCUAUCAAGGCGUGUCUAUCUCAUCCGUUCUUAUAGGUGGAGUAGGUUAUCACACCGAUGAAAUAAAGAACAGGUUUGGCGUCGAGUCCGGAGCAGAGAUAUUCCUCCAGCAUACAGUUGCCAACCAGCUACUAUGGGCAAUUAGCCUCUGUCUUUGCAGAGUUUCAAUUCUCAUAUUAUCUACGAGAAUCUUCCUGGUACAGAGUUUUAUCGUAACCGCCAGAAUUACUUACGUUCUUGUCUUCGGAUGGGGGUUAACUGCCAUUCUCACCGCAUUUCUCCUGUGUAGACCCUUCACCUAUAAUUGGGAUAAAUCGAUCGAGGGAGGAGUCUGUGGAGACCCGACGGUACCAUGGACUGUAACAGGAGUCCUCAACAUGAUAACUGACCUGAUAAUUCUUCUCAUGCCGAUGCCUUAUCUGCUAAGGCUUGAGGUAUCAUGGGAGAAACGACUUCGGCUAGCAGCAAUCUUUGGCAUAUUAGUGUUGCCCUGCAUUGUUAGCAUCGUCCGUAUAGCCGAGAUGGUCAAAAUGGACUUCAGCGAUUUCACAUUCACUUCUCCGCAUACCAUUUUGCUUAGCUCGCUUGAGCCCUGUCUCGGCGUGGUGGCAGCGUGUGCAAUGACUAUGCGUCCCCUUUUCGGCGGUCGAUACUCACCUGACGGAACAGCAAAUUUCAGUACUCCGCCUACUGCACCCCUACCGAAGAAAAACAGCAACCGUCGAUUCCAACCGCUCACCGAAAACACAUCAGAAACACGCCUACGUCCCGAAGAAGUCGGAUAUCAGGCAUCGAUAGCGAAAUCUCCAGAGCCACUCAUGGGUUUCGGCGGCUUAGGUGAGAUCGGUCUUGAGAUGGGGGCAAUUUCGAUAAGGCAUGAAUGGAUUGUAAAGGAGGAGCCUCGCCCGAGGAGUUCAGAUACGGAAAAGGACAAGAGUCUAAGAUGAUAUGAUCACGUAACCCAAAUACUAUGAUACCCCUUUUUGCAAGAUACCUUCUAUUAAAUCGCUUUAAAGGUGGAUUACUGUUGGAUACAGUAUUGCCGAGGUCUCCCUGAAGACUCGAGAAUAGAACAACAAUUCAAAUUAAUGUU